AUUAUGUUUUUGUACUCGAAAACAAAUUUUAAUAAUUUCAUAACACAAAAAUUUACAAUUAACAAAACGCCUUAUCGCCUGUGGCCUUAAUUGUGGUUGACCAUCAAUGCAAGUAAGGUAAAAAAUAAAGGGUGGCAAUAUUCUCAUGAGCAAAAACAAAGUGGUCAGGUGUAAAUAAUGUCUGUGGUUAGAAGUAAAGGAACGUACAAAUUUAGCGUUAAGUUAUUAAAAUAAAAAAAAUUAAAGUGAAUUUAUAAUUAAUUAAAAACAAAAAUAAUGUUUGCUAUAAGUAAAGCUACAAAUUACACAACUUUAAUAUUGCGUCAAACGACAAUUUCCAGAAGUUAUUGUCAAUUUCACCACAAAACAACGAAAAGUAUAAGAAAACAGCUGGCUGAAAAUUCCUCCCUAUUUAAAGCAACAACAACAACAACAAUAAACCCCAUAAAAAUAUCAUCCCCAAAAAAUGUUCAGUUACAAAUCUAUAGAAUCAAACACAACUGUAGCAAUAAUAAUAUAAAAAAUCCAAUUACCAAAGAAACAAAAUUUAUAGCAAUACGCAGAUUAUGGAAGAAUAUCUUUGGAAAAUACUUACUAAUGACCAAUAUUAUAGGUUCCGGUGUUCUAAUGGUUUUUGGUGAUGUUAUGGCCCAAGAGAUUGAAUUUAGACGUGGCCUACCAAAUGCACAACGUUAUGAUUGGCAGCGUAUAGGACGUAUGUUUAUAGUGGGUGCCUUGCAAGGACCUCUACAUCAUUACGUUUACAAUUGGAUGGAUAAAGUGAUGCCGGUGGCAAAUUUUAAAAAUGUUAUGAAAAAAAUCUUAAUAGAUGAAUUAAUAAUGUCUCCGGCUUGUAUAUUUAUAUUUUUCUAUUCGGCUUGUUUCCUAGAACGCAAAACCUUUAAGGAAACCAACGAUGAACUUAAGGAGAAAUUUCUUUUUAUCUAUCUUAUAGAUUGGAUGCUAUGGCCUGGUGCUCAGUAUCUUAAUUUCCGUUAUUUAGAAACGAAAUAUCGUGUUACAUUUGUUAAUGUAUGUACGGCUUUGUAUAAUAUUUUUAUGUCCUAUGUAAAGCAUGAUUACAAUGUACAAGUGUAAUGGCUAUUAAAAAUAUGAAAAUAA